CGCUCUCGACUUCUGACACUUCUCCCCACAUGAAAACAAAUUUUUAAGGUUAGAAAACGUGUUGAAUUUGAAAGUUCACAAAAAUGGGUAAAAAGCCGCCUCAUUCUGAAAGCGAAGAAGAAAACGACAGCGAUUAUGGCGAAGACAUGCUGGAAAUGGUCGAAGAAGACGACCUGGAUUUUAUUAAAAACGCCAUCACCUCAAAAUCGUACAACAUUUUCAACAAAGUGAAAUACACGGAAUCAUCUGGCCCCAAAGCCAAAAGACGCAAAGUCAGCGACGAAGAAUCAGAUUUAGAGAAAGACUAUGAAGAACAAACAGUCGAAGAUGUUCCAAUGAAAAACUUGCUGCCAAUUAAAACGAAAACCGGGAUUGUGCGGCAACAAAUUGUAGACGAAUCUGUGACAAAGUCUGAAUCUGAAGAGGAAGAGGAAGAGGAAGUUGAAGAAAAACAAGAAGAGUUUGAUUUUGUUGACAACAAAAUUGAUAUUUCUAAACCCAUCUCAGCCACACAACUAUUAACUGAAAGACACAGGAUUCUGAAGGAAAGAAAGAUUCAUAUUGGUACUUUGAGUGCAGGAGUGUUGGAAAACCCCGAAGAAAAAGUUACAAAUUUGAGGACUUUGUUGAAAUUGAUGGAUGAAGAAACCCCUGAAGUUUAUUUUACAGUGAGAAAAUUGGCCACAGUUUCGUUGUUGGAAGUAUUUAAGGAUGUUCUACCAUCAUAUGAGAUUAAAAAGACACCCAGUCAAGAAGGAGUGAAAUUGAAAAAAGACACCCUUAAACUACAGAAAUAUGAAGAAAGUUUGGUUCUAUAUUAUAAGAAGUUUUUACAAAGGCUAGAAAAGAGUAGUUUAAUUCUAGUAAAGAAGAAAGGAGACAGUAGGACCUUCAAGGAUGAACAAAUUAAAUUAGGGGAACUAUCAGUUCAAGCUCUAGCUGAUUUAUUAGUGACACACCCUUAUUUCAACUAUGCCCAGAAUAUUGCACAAGCUGUUGUCCCUUUUUUAAAUAACCCCAGAAGUAAUGUAAGAGAAAUUGCAAAAAAUGCAAUUAAAGUUGUAUUCAAGGAAGACAAAAAGGAAGAAAUUACUUUACAGAUAUUGAGAAUAAUUAACAACUACCUUAAAAAUCACGCUCAUAACGUCAAUCCUGACAUGUUGGAAACGCUUCUCGUUCUCAAUUUAAGAGAUGUUAAUUUAGAUGGUGAAAAAGAACAAGAUAUUAAACAGAAAAAAUUGAUGGCCAGAAAACAGAAGGUUUUGCAGAUGUCCAAGAAAGAAAAAAAAAGGAAGAAAAAAUUACAAUUACUUGAAAAAGAGCUCCUGGAAACUAAAGCAGAAGAAAACAAAAACACCAAACAACACAACUUGACAGAAAUAACAAAAAUAGUGUUUGGAAUAUAUUUCAGAAUUUUAAAAAAUUCAACAAACACUAAAGUAUUAGGGGUGACUUUAGAGGGUUUAGCAAAAUUCGCCCAUUGCAUAAACAUUGACUUUUAUCUAGACCUUGUGAACAUUCUGGACCAACUAUUGAAGGAAGACUGGAUAGGAUACAAGGAACAACUCCAUUGCAUUCAAACUGUCUUUUCAAUUUUAAGUGGACAAGGAGAAGCCAUAAAUGUGGACCCAACGCGGUUUUACACCAACCUUUAUAAAGGUCUCCUAACAACCCAUGCCUCAAAAAACCACCCAAAUUUUCUCAUUUUACUUAAAACCUUAAACGACGCUUUAAUCAAAAGACGUAAAAAAAUAACCAACAAAAGGACGUUGAGUUUCGUGAAACGAUUGGCUACUUUAAGCUUACAGUUGUUACAUAAUGGUAGCUUAGGCAGUCUAAGUGUGAUUAAAAACGUCAUGCAGUUAAAUAGGUCCAUAGAUGUAUUGCUAGACAUGGACACGUCCUUUGGGGAUGGUAAAUUUCAACCAGAAUUGGAUGAUCCAGAAUAUACAAACGCUGCGAGCACCGCUCUUUACGAAUUAGUAUUGUUAUCAAAGCAUUAUCACCCGGUUGUUGGAAAAUAUGCAAAAAAUAUAGCGUUUGGGGUUCCUGCAUCAGGAGAAGGGAGUCUCGAUCCGGAAUACGCAAAAUGCACUCCUGAACAAAUAUUUAAUAACUUUGAAAUGUCGGAAAUGGCGUUUAAUCCCGCUGUUCCCGUUCCGAAAAAAACGCCGCCUAAAACUAAAGUACAAAGACACAUUUUUGUCGAUAGUUCGUUCGAAGAUGAAUGCAAACGUGUCGCCAGGAGUCAUUUAAAAACAAAAGGAACGUUGUUGUGAUUUUUAAAUAAAUUUCUAAUUGGA